UGCAUUUCGUCAGGGCACGUUUUUGCAAAGACUUGGGGAAGGGGGGCUGUUUUUGAUUCGUAACACCGUGCCGUGCAUGAGAGGAAAGAAUCGGCUUCCAUGAUCCGUGUCCACAGGAAGCCACCGGACCAUCUGAUCGGUGUUUAUAUCUCUCUCCCUGAUUCCUCUUGUUGUUGGGCUUUGUGAUAUGGUGCAUACACAUACUCUCAUGACUCUCAGUCCGAUUAUCAAGGCGGAAGUUGAGUCGUCGUUACAUUCGACGCCACCCUUGUUCAUCGUUGCAACAUCAUACCGACGUAGGAUGAAGUCGAGGAUGGCAGAUCCUUCUUCGUCAUCUCCCAUGAGAGCCAAGCCAGAACCGACAGACAGCUUGAGUCCGAGUACCAGUGUUGAGCUGCAUAAGAGGAGUAAGACUGGAUGUAAGACUUGCCGACGUCGAAAAAAGAAGUGCGACGAGGCGAGGCCGGGCUGUCAGAAUUGCGCAAAGAACAACAUCCUCUGCGGUGGGUAUGAAACAAGAAAGCCAUGGAGGAAAGGGGCUCGUAGCAAGGGCUCUGCCUUGAGCAUACCCGAACUCCCAAAUAUCAUCAACGCAAUAGACAACCCCCUGGACUCACAACUCCUCUCAUACUUCAUCACCCACGCUGCUCAAGCUCUGAACAUAUACUCCGAGACACACAAUCCAUUCGACGGCUUCGUGAUUGACAUGGCGAUUGCGAACACUGGUCUUAUGCACUCGCUACUCUGCCUUUCAGCCUCCUGCCUCCUGGCUCAUCAGCCGACAUUAGAUCAAGAAAUCAUCGUCCGCCACAGCCACCACUUCGACCAAGCCGUAUCGACUUUACGAAAAGGUGUCGAAACAUACAGCUCCAACAACUCUACCCAAAACGGAGACUGCAUCAUGCUGCAAACAAUCCUACUCGCCCAAGAGGCGAUCAUUACAGGAGAAACACAUGGCAGCUAUCGAUGCCAUUUAUUGGCCGCACAAAGACUUGUGGAUACUUGUGGAGAUUUGAGCGCAGACGUGCAGAGUUUCGCUCGUCAAUUCUUGCUCUAUCAUAAUCUCGCCAAUAUGCUCUCUGUUAUCCGCCCUGUCAAUGUCGUGGCCUUGACCCCGGAAGUUGUAAAUCCUGAAACAGGGGAACGAGGCACCUUCUCGGAGGCUUGCGUGGAUGGAAUCUUGCAUGGACUGCUGGAGCCCAUGAUGCGUACACAGCAGGUCCGUGAUGGCAUACGCUUCCACCGUCACUCUGGAAAUUCGAGAUGGUUCAAGGAUGAGCGACUGCUUAGCUUGGCAUUGACUGUUGAAACACAACUACGCAUGUGGCAGUCUCGUCUCCAGCCCAAUACUCCACAAUACUGGUCUUCGUUGGUAUAUCGGCAGAGUGCAUAUGUGUACCUCUAUCGCACUAUCAAGCCUUCAAGGGCGAGUCCGGAACUCGCACAGGUCGUCUCUGAGGGAUUGUCUUAUACGGCGCAUGCGCUAAGGGAUGUCACGAGGAACGAGGGUAGCAAAAGCUGGAUUUGUGGUGUGCUGUUGCCACCUUUGUUUUUGCUCGGUUGUGCGGCAUUUGAUCCUUCUCAGCGACGACUGGUGCUGGAGAAUUUUGAAGACAUGCAAGCAUGCAAUCAGAGAGCUAGCAUUGUGCAUGCGAAGGCGAUCUUGAGGGAGGUAUGGUCGAGGAUGGACGCCGAACAUGGUGCCGAUGAUGCCUGGGAUUGGGAAGCCGUGAUGAAGGAUAUAAACAUAGAUAUUAUGUUGUCAUGAAUUAGCGAGAUCUUAUACGCAUCGAUGUGCGUUGAUGUAUUCCUCCCUCCUCGUGUGUGCGGGAUACCGCCAAACCUGUAGCUGUAUCAAGACAUGAUGCUAUCUUGAUUCGCAGCAAUGCCGUCGAGAUAUCACGUUUCAUCGAAUCCCUGCGCUACACUCACCAAUGUGAUAUUUUACGCGUCUCGACAGCUCGCUUUUGUCUCGCCUUGAUUAUG